CUGUUCCACCAGAACUGAUGUGAGCGCGAGUUGGCGAGCACAUGCCACGUUGGGAGAAGAGCCAAAUCUGAACUGCCUUUACAGCAACAGGGUUAGGCUCGCGAGGACCGCUUUAAUUCAAAUCAACCCUCCUAGAAAAAGAAAGAAAGAAAAACAAAACUCAACCCAAGUGGUUUUUAACACACCUCUGAAACAAGCAGCCGACUGAGGAUCUCACAGACCCGCAAAGAUGCACUUGUUGUCCGCCAGCUGCGUGUGCGCCCUCCUCAUCACCGCGCUCCUCCGCCAAGUCAGCGGUUUGGAUACUGUUAUCGGCCUCUAUGGGGAAACACUCGAGAUCCCGUGCAACAAUGGAGCCAUGAAAGCAGAGGACGUCCUGAUCACUAAAUGGAAAUAUGACAAAGGAGAGGGACUUCCGGGAGACCUGCUGGUCAAGCAGAAAAACCAGAAUGUCUCAAUCAGCGCCACUCUCGAAUACAAGGGCCGUGUUAGCAUGGCUGCAAACUCCAGCCUGCUGCUCUCUGAGGCGAAGCUGUCCGACCAGCGCACUUUCACCUGCAUGGUGGUGGCUGGGGCAGACAUCGAAGAAUACCCAGUUAACGUGGUGAUCUACAAGCCGCCGGCAGGCCUGGAGAUUUCUGACAAAGCGUCGGAACUGGAGAUUGGCAAACUUAAUAAGCUCGGAACAUGUGUUGCACCAGACGCCAAUCCAGCUGCAAAUAUCACAUGGCUUAAGAACAACAUACCACUGGUGGCUGAUGGGAAAGGGAUUUCCAUCGAAGCCUCAAUGCUGCCGGACCCUGUUACUGGCCUUUCAACCACUACCUCCAUACUGAAGUACUCGGCCAAGAAGGAAGACACGGAUGCCGAGUUUACCUGCAGCACUCAGCACACCGUGGGCUCAGAGCUGGUGUCCUCUCCAGUGACCUUCACUAUCACCUACACCACAGAAAACAUCGUUCUUCAGGUCAUCACUCAGGACCCUUUGGUAGAGGGAGACAAUGUGACUCUGAAGUGUGUGGCAGAUGGUAACCCGGCUCCUACCAGCUUUAACUUCCAGCUUAAGGAAGAGUUGGUGAAAGUGGAAAACACAGACACUUACAUAAUCACGAAUGUCUCACGUGACACCACCGGUGAAUACAAAUGCUCUCUUGUUGACGACCCAACGAUGGAAGCAUCUAAGGACAUCACAGUCAACUACCUAGACAUCAAUUUAAGCCCCUCUGGAAAUAUUGUCAAGAGUGCCGGCGAGGCCCUGGAUCUAAGUUUCCAGAUUGAUGCCUCCGGAGACGCCAAGGUCUCCUGGACAAAGGAUAAUGUUAAACUGGAGAAAGAGCCCAAGUUUACCAAACUGACUUAUGCUGACUCUGGCCGCUAUGAGUGUGAGGUGACGAUGGGGGUCCUCAGCAGAAAAGCUGCUUUUGAGCUGGCUGUCGAAGGUGUUCCAGUUAUCAAACAGCUACACAAACAGAGGGGUAAAGACGGCACACAUGAAGUCCUGAUUUGUGAGGCUGAAGGUUCUCCAAAGCCAGAUGUUUCCUGGAGCAUCAACGGCACCUCGCCUGAGGAGAGUCCCUUCGUCAACGGAAUGAUAACACACAAGAUCACAGUCAUGCCAACCGCAAAUCUGACUGUCUCUUGUACAGUGUCCAAUGGGUUUGGCGCAGAUACCAAAACUAUAAAUGUGUCAUACAUAAAUGUGGAGGUGAAAAUGGAUAAACAAGACCAAUCCGAUGGUAGUGACCAAACCAAGUUGGUGGUUGGAGUUGUUGUCGGUCUCCUCGUUGCCACUGUGGUUAUAGCCCUGGCAUACUUGGUCUACAUGAAGAAAUCCAAGCAAGGAAGCUGGAAGACUGGUGAAAAGGAGGACGGGUCUUCUGAGGAGGAGAAAAAACUGGAGGAGAAAGUAGAGGAGAACAGCCAAAAAGCUGAGGUGUAAAGAAACGGUAACCAUCCUUUGGGAAUGUGAAAGUGAGAACGUGGGACUUUUGCACAUUUCUCUUCACCUCUGUCUUUGGGGAAAAAAAAGUGUACAUUUGGAUGACGACGGUUUGGAUUUGGUUUCAGGGAGAAUUUUACUAAAAAGCAUAUCCAAACACCCCCCAAGCCCCUCGAACCCUCACCCUUCCAUUGCUAAAAAAAAAAAGAAUGGAUACUGUAUGUGAUAUACAUAACUUGUCUGCACUACUGAUACAUGUGUAAACUUGUCUACUAUUAGGAUUCAUGUUUGCUAGAAUGGAAUUUUGGGAAAGUGAGAAAAUGCAGAUCUUUUGUUAGUUGAUGCAAGUAGAAUUACUACUAGACCAGUUGCCUUUGCUGUAAGGAUGCGUAGGCCUGCGUUAGUCUGACUCCGUGGCCCUCGGAGACACAGCGGGGCCCGAGGGACAUCACCGCCAUCGCUUGUUAGCUUCACGUCAUCACGGUCAAACAACCUCUGCCUUCAACAUCACUGUACUAAAUCUGUUGAUUUGUGCAUUCAUUUUAGUUUGUUUAUUCAGCUGUCAAAAAAAAGAAAUGGAGAUGAACUUCCUGAAAGGGCUAAGGGUAUGUUGUGAUACUCAGCAUUAGUUAUAGAUGGUAAUCUGAUUUACAUGUUGCAUCGCAGGAAGUAGGUGAUGUGCCACGGAGUUUUUUGGCAUUUCAUGAUUUUUUUUUUGUCGUUCUUUGAUUGUGUACCUCUUUCAAAGUUACUAGAGAAAACAACAUAAAUCCAGUUCAUUUUGUUUGUUUUUUUCAAAUGUACUGUACAUUCAGCAUAACCACUGUAUAACACACGCAGGUAGAUUAUUGAGAGAAUGUAACUCAGCUCAUAUUACUGGCUUUCAUUUGGCUGUAUAGAUUGUUUUACAUAAAGCCAUAGUUUGUUUUCAUGCAAGAAGAAGAAGUCCUUGAGCCUGUAGUAGCAGUAAAAAGAUUUCUCAAUUUGUGCUCCAUCAGUGUUGAUAUGAUUUAUUGUGUAGCUAAGGCAUCGUUUUGUAACGGAGCACGCAGGCAGGACAAGGUGUCUCAAAGUAGCCGUCAUGAUAUGUUUGCCUUCUUUUGAAAAUCUACCUGUGACCGCUUCAGUUUGUGAUGUGCACUAGGGUUCAUGUUUUCAUGUCAGAUUUGUGUAGAAUACGACGGAAUACGCGCAGCUGUACAUGUCACAAUUUUGGUCAAUGUUAAGAGCAUUCGCUAAAUUCGAAAAAUGUAUCAAGACCAGGCUGUAAUUGUGAAGUAUGUGAAUUUAAUUUUCUUUUUCUUUUGUUAUUUAUAUUGUGCAGGAUUAAAAUGUCCUGGUAGGCAAAUUCAGCAAUCGUCACAUAAUUCAUGACUCGGAUAGAAAGCGUCGGUAAAUUGCUUGCGGACUUUACAAAACUGAAAUUAAGUUGUGAGUCAUCAGUAGGUUGCUCAGCGUCUGGUUGAAUAAUAGAUUCAGCAUGUGAUCAUCUCAGACCUCCAAGCUGCUGUGUGUUGCCUACCUUGUGUAAAACCAUCCAAUUGGAAGAAUGACCAAAGAGAGUGAACAUUGCCAUGCAAGUAUUGUAAAUACCUGAUGUUUGUUUUUGUACUUUUGUUUAAAAUAAAGUGUACAUUUGGAAAAGUUA